GACGCACAUUUACACACAGAGAUACACACACUGAAAAGAUCAGACUGUUGUUUUGGAAUUUAAGGCCGCUUGUGGGGGGUGAAAAAUCUACAUAUCUCCAAACCCUAGUUUCCGAUAAUAUCCUAAUAUAGCUUCAUCUCUUCCGAUUUCUUCCUCGAUUCUGGUUUUCCUUUUUCGGUUUUUUUUUGUUUGUGUUUGCUUUUGAAUUUCAUAUUAUCCGUCGCGAAAAAAAAAUUUAGAGUACUUUGCUGCAGUUCGUGGAGUUGUUGUAAUCGGUAAUCAGCCACCCCGAUGAGUAAUAUCGGUUGAUUUGUCGGAGAUUCCUGUUCGAUUGUGCUCCUGGGUUGAAUAAUCGGAAUCGAGAUUUGCAGUUUUUUUGUGGUUUUAGUUACGGAUUUGCCGAUUUCCUGCAGAUGAUUGGUUUCUCUGAGUAUUUCGUCUUGUGAUAUUUUUGUGGGUAUUGUUUUAUUUCUCGAAGUUACUGAGUUGGAUGAUUUAACCGAGUUGGGAUAAUUAGGGUUUCAAUUUUAAAAAAAGGUAAAUACUUGGUUGAGGAUGAUGUCUGUGGAGAGAUCGUUUGAAGCAUGGGAGGAGGUGCAGCGCCACGGUCAGGAUUUAGCCGAUAGGCUUGCGAAUGGUUUCACGGAUUUAAUUCAAACUCAUAUUACUCCACCCUCGUUCCCAUGGCCGAACCCUCCAAUGCCGAAGCUGUUUGAAGUCGAGUUUCCAACCCAGAAUUUCAUGAAGAAUGACUUCGGGAUCUCUCUGGAUAGUUCACCGAUCAAUGGAGUUUUCGAUAUUGGGAACAAAAUAGGGCAGGCGGGGGUGGAUUUCGGGGCGUGUUUAAAUGGUGUGGUUCAUCAGUUUUUCAGGCGGCUGCCUGUGCCUUUCCGUCACGGUGAAAAUGUGGCGGUGGCGCUGGGAGGGGAGGAGCAUGGAUCGAGGUCGAAUAUGGGUAUUACUCUGCAGGAGGAUUUGGGGUCUUUGGCAGAGCGGUUCAAGGAAUAUGGGGUGUCUGAAAAUGGUACUGUAUUCGUAGAGGAUUCGAGCGAGAGCGAGACUGUUGAUGUUAGUGCAAAGGCAUUGAAACAUUUGGGUCGAUCGCAGGGUACUUUCAAUGUGACAACAACCUAUGACAGUAGAACUAGCAACAUCGAAAGUUCUAUGCUUGCCAGGGGAGAUUUAUGGAGAGUAGAGGCGUCGCAAGGAAGUUCAAUAUCAGGCAAUCAGAAUUCAUCCCUUUUCCUUGUUCAGCUCGGGCCUGUACUAUUUGUCCGUGAUUCCACACUUCUGUUGCCUGUACAUUUGUCGAAACAGAACUUGCUGUGGUAUGGAUAUGAUAGGAAGAAUGGAAGGCAUUCUCUUUGUCCUGCUGUGUGGUCAAAGCAUAGAAGGUGGCUGUUGAUGUCAAUGCUCUGCCUCAACAAUAUGGAAUGUUCUUUCAUGGAUUUGCAGUUUCCAAAUGGCCAGGUUACAUUUGUAUCUGGUGAGGGUUUAUCGGGCACUGCGUUUAUGCCCCUAUGCGGAGGAUUACUUCAAGCACAGGGUCAAUUUCCAGGAGAAAUGAAGUUCAGUUUCUCUGCCAAGAAUAAGUGGGGAACACGAAUAACACCUGCAGUGCAGUGGCCUGAUAAAUCAUUUGCUUUGGGGCUGGAGCAGUCGUUGGCGUGGAAGAGAUCCGGCCUCAUGGUGAGGCCAACCAUCCAAUGCAGUUUAUGCCCAACGUUUGGUGGAAGAUGUCCUGGGUUGCGGAUGGAACUUACACAUUCUGUGAAGGAGGAAUUGAAUCUUAUUUGCGGCUGUGCCCUCGCGACACAUUCUUCUGCGUUUGCAUCCGUAGCUGUUGGCAGGUCCAAAUGGAAUGGGAAUACCGGGAACGCAGGGGUAGUUUUAAAAGUCGAAACUCCUCUCGGCAGUUACGGGAGACCCUCUUUCUCUCUUCAGUUGAAUAGCGGUAUCGAGUUUUAAACGUAUCAUCUUUUGGUUUUGGUUUUUGUCGACUGCCUUUGCAGUUAAAUUGUAAAUAUAGUAGUAGCCUUCAUAUCGAUGUAUGUUGAUUAUAGUGUCUUUUGAAUCGCACUUCAAAGUGCAAGUCUCUUGUAAUUUGCCACUCUUUUGUUAGCCAGUCAUGGAUUGAUUAAUCGAGCACACACAAAUCUGUGAAUCCUUCGGUUUUUAAGGGGAUUGUAUGGAAAUAUUUGAUGUGAGAA